CUCACCACAUUCCACACCCAACACAAAACAACAAAAACCCACCAGCUAGCAAAUCAAAUCAAGAAUGACGAACUUUUCUGACCAUAAUACCCCUCUCCCCACCCUCCUCCUCCUCCUCCUCCUCCUCCUCCUAUUUGCCGCACCAAUAACAGCCGCUGCAUCCCACAAUAAGUCGUCGUCCCACUCUGUGUUCCGGGAAUACAUCGGCGCCGAGUUCAAGAACGUCAAGCUCUCCGACGUGCCAGUAAACCCCCACGUCGACCACUUCCACUUCAUCCUCUCCUUCGCCAUAGACUACACCACCACCUUCUCCCCCUCUCCCACCAACGGCAAAUUCAACGUCUUCUGGGACUCCCAAAAUCUCUCCCCCUCACACGUCUCCGCCGUCAAGUCCAAACACCCCAACGUCAAGGUCGCCGUGAGCCUUGGUGGCGACACCGUGGGGAAAGGACACCCCGCCCGCUUCGCCCCUACGUCUGUCACCUCUUGGGUCUCAAAUGCAGUAACCUCCCUCACACACCUUUCCAGGCACUACCAUCUGGACGGGAUCGACAUCGACUACGAGCACUUCAAGUCGGACCCGGAGACGUUCGCGGAGUGCAUCGGGAGGCUAAUCACCGCCCUGAAGGAGGAGGGAGUGAUCUCCUUCGCCUCCAUCGCACCGUUCGACGACCCCGGGGUCCAGAAACACUACACGGCGCUGUGGAAGCGGUACGGCCAUGUCAUAGACUAUGUGAACUUCCAGUUCUACGCCUACGACAAGGGGACGACGGUGCCGCAGUUCUUGCGCCAUUUUGAUGAGCAGAGGGAGAGGUACAGAGGCGGCAGAGUGCUGGCGAGCUUCCUCAGCGGCGGGGGCGGCGGGCUGUCGCCGGAGAAAGGGUUCUUCGCGGCCUGCAAGAAGCUGAAGAGUGAGGGGAAACUUGGGGGCAUAUUUGUUUGGUGCGCCGAUGAGUCGAAAUCGAAGGGGUUCAACUAUGAGAAGAGGGCUCAGACUUUGCUUGCAAAACAACCUUCAGAGUAAUUAAAGUUUGGCUCUCUUAGUCGGUGGUGAUGGUCAAUUAUAAGUCUAUCUUUAUUUUUAAUCCUUUUUUUCUUUUAUUCAAAUAAAUGCCUUCUUGGUCAAAUUAAUAAUGAGAAAACUAUGCAACUAUUAGUGUUUUGUCUCUUGGAGUGUUAACAAAUAUCUUUGGGGGCC